AUGCCUAGCUCGUCGGCCUGUCCUCCGUGGCUGGUGCGCAUGAUGGCCGCAAACGACGACCAGGCAUCGUCGUCCUCCUCGUCCAAGGGCGGGGGUGCCGUGCUCACCACCGGCACGGCCACUAUAGACACGGGAUACCGCGGCGGUGGCGGGGAAGGCGGCAAUGCCGCCGACCCGCAGGAGAGCAGCAGUAGCGGGCAGUCCAGGCUCGCGGCGCGCGGCCACUGGCGUCCUGCCGAGGACAUCAAGCUACGCGAACUCGUGGCGCUCUAUGGCCCCCAGAACUGGAACCUCAUCGCCGAGAAGCUCGACGGGAGAUCCGGGAAGAGCUGUCGGCUGCGAUGGUUCAACCAGCUGGACCCGCGGAUCAGCAAGCGGCCGUUCUCCGACGACGAGGAGGAGAGGCUGAUGGCGGCGCACCGCUUCUACGGCAACAAGUGGUCCAUGAUCGCGCGGCUCUUCCCCGGCCGGACCGACAACGCCGUCAAGAACCACUGGCAUGUCAUCAUGGCGCGCAAGUACCGCGAGCAAUCCAUCGCCUACCGCCGUCGCAAGCUCAACCAGGCUGUCCAGCGCACGCUUGACUCGUCCUCCGGGCUGGCUUCCGGUGCCGGGCACGUCGACGUCGGGCCCGGCGCCGGAUCCAACUCGGUGCACGACGGGCGCCUCUCGUGGCCGGACGCCAUGGCCGUGCGUGGAGGAGCAGGAGGUGGCGGCCUUUACUGGGAGCCGCUGCCGGCGCAAGGAGACUUGAUCGGCGGCGGCCACCACGAGAUGGCACGGUUCGGCUCUGACGACGCAAAUGGAUCGUCUGCCGCCGUGUUUGCCGUGACGGACCAAGCUGGCGUUCACUUGGACGGCACGUCGCGGUCGCCGACUUUCAUAGAUUUCCUCGGGGUCGGAGCGACAUGA